AUGACUACUACAUUCUUAUCCAAUUCAAAUGAUAACAGUCCCAAUAACAACCAGCCAUGCUACUUUCUGAAUGAAAAUUCGGGCGUAAACAUUAUACCAGAUACUUCCUCCGUAAAGAAUAGAGGAAAUAUUGUAAGUAACGAGAAAAGAGAGCUGACAAAUAUGGGUGGAAAUCUGCAAUUCAACUUGCCGAAAGAUAACAACCAGACACAAUGGAUAUCUGCUUGCAAGCCAAUAGGAGUUCCUUCCAUGUCACCGACAAAUAAACUGCAUUUCGAAGAUUUACCGGAAGAUAUACAUCGAGUGGAACCGGAUCAAUUAGAGUCGUUAUUGAGGGAGGAGGAGGAGUUGAUAAUUUUUGAUACUAGACCAUUCAAUAUGUAUUCCGUAUCGAGAAUCAAUGGAGCAAUUAAUAUGUGUGUCCCGACUACGCUCCUUAAGAGGAAUUCGUUCAAUAUCCCACAAAUGUUAAAUUCGACCAGCAUACCUUUGGAUCUGAAGGACUUGACUCUACUGAAGAUCACUGCCAAUAAUUCCAGUGCACCAAUGAAAGUGUUGGUGUAUGAUUCUGAUAGCUGCGAUAGCCACACAUCAUUCCUGUUAUAUAAAACGUGUAUGAAAUUCCGCCGGUACAACCAGGACGGUUCAAAAGCUUUUGAUAUUUACUUCAUAAAUAAUGGUUUCACAGGUGUGAGCAAGCUGGCAAGCUUCGUGGAAAGUGAUUCAUCAACCCCUUUUAAUGCAACUUCACCAAAUGUCAAACAACUGAGUAGUUUAUCAGGAUUCCAAUUACCCUCAUGUACCCCAUCAAACCAAAGGUUCCUUUCAAGCAUCAAAAAAAACAACUUACCGAAGCUAAGUAUAAGUGCCGCUAAAGAUAAUUCAAAUGAUAAUGAUAAUGAUAACGGUAGUAAUGACAAUUUAGAUAGCUAUCAUUAUAAUUUCAGACUUCCCGAUAUUUCAAAGCAUGCAUCUGAAAAGCUUCCAGGUUGGUUAAAAUUUUUCACAACGAAUAGAAACUCGCCUAGUUAUACUAAAGACAUACUAAAAACUAUAAAUUGCAAAUUUAACAAAAUCGAAAAAUCAGAGCAAGCUAGAUUAAAAACAGCAAUUACAAAUCAUUGUCCCGAUAAUCAUGUUCCUAAUAUAUGUUCUCCCAGUGCAUUGUGUCCAGGAUGUGACAACACAUAUUACAAAAUUCCAAAAGGAAUUGAAUACGGUUUCAAGAAUAGAUAUAAUAAUAUUUGGCCUUAUGAACAUUCUCGCGUUAAGUUGAUCAAAUCGCCAAACCCUUUGAAACUAGAUGAUUAUGAUGACUAUUUUAAUGCCAAUUAUAUUAGUGUCCCUAAUAUAUCAAACUUGAAAUAUAUUGCAACGCAAAAUCCAUUACAAGCCACGUAUGAAGACUUUUGGAAAACUAUAUGGUCUAAUCGAAUUAACAUAAUAAUUUGCCUAAAUGUGCAGUUACCAGCAAACUUGGUUGGUCAGGAUAGGAAAUAUUUUGACGACCAGGAAUUUAAAAGGUCUGGUAUUAAAAUUACGAACAAUGAACUUAUUGAGCAAGAUUGCUUCAACGUCAGAAAAUUAACUCUUGUUAAAGAUGAUAAAGCUAGACCUAUUUACCAUUUAGAAUAUAAAGAUUGGCCUGAUUUCGGUGUGCCUUCUUCAUUUGAUUCUGUUAUAAAAUUAAUUGACUAUAAGAAGAAAAUAAUCAAAACCGAAAAUCUAAAUGAACAAGCUUUAGUUCAUUGUCUGGCAGGAUGCGGUAGAACUGGGUGUUUUAUCACAUUGGAUAUGGCACUUGAUUGUUUCAAUAAUUUCAAGAGCGAUAAUCUAGAUCCGUGGAGUGACAAUGAUUUAAUAUAUAAAGCUGUUCAAUACCAAAGAACGCAAAGAAUAUCAAUGGUACAGAAUUUAGACCAGUUUAUCUUUUGCUAUGAAUUCAUUUUAAACUAUGUUGUACGCAACCUUAUUUGA